CUGCCGUCGGCGGCAUGUCACCGAGGGUCGCUCGAUGCCGACAGCAGCCCCAGAAUACAGAGUUACUCAGGCACAGAGGUCCCACGACCCACGGCCCACGAACCCCACCUUUUGCUUGGGGGGGGGGGGGCAGAGCUACUGCGCGUGCAGUACAACAAUAGUCCCUGGCGGCCCGCCAUCCCAAGCUACCCACCCAACCACCUAGGCAAGCUUCGGCUUUGAAUUGGAAAGGACAAGGUGUCGUUAAUCCACACAGCGUUCAGUGACCCUCGCCUCGGACUUCAACACCUACUUCUCCGCCUCGACAGCUCACCACACACAACACCAUCGCCAGAGACAGUCUCUCUCUCUGUCCUUCCACCUCCCUCGCCGCCAGGGUCAAGUCCAGUCCAUCUCACUCACGGGCUGAUCGGUUGCCUUCAUUGAUAAACUGCAUCUUUUUUAUUCUUCGCCUUCAGCAUCGCAGCCCAGACUGGGUCUUGCCUGUGUCCACACGUCAUCCAGCUUUCCUUUUCCUCGAGCUCGUCUCCCGGACUGCCGCGACGCCUCUCCUGCGUCCGUAACACGACCACGACGGCCUGUCGCACCAGCAGGUCUACUUCGAGGAAACAACCUCCCUUGUCUUCUGUGGGAUCAAAGGAAACGAAAUCGGGGAGCCUUUCGAGAUGGCCACAAUGCGAGGAAAUGCAGGGGGCUACGGCAUGGGAGCACCAAGCUAUGGCGGCAUCAACAACAGCCCCUCAGAGGGCGGCAACGCUCUGGACGCCAUCAGGCAACAGACCAGCAAGAUUGAGGACAUGCUCGACUCUGUUGCCGAGCCAGUGAAGCCUUACAUGCCCGCCAUCGGCCGAUUCCUCAUCGUCGUGACGUUCCUCGAGGAUGCCCUGCGCAUAAUAACACAAUGGAGCGACCAGAUCCUCUACCUGCACGACUAUCGCCACAUUCCAAAUGGCCUGACCCAUCUCUUCCUCAUCGUCAACGUCCUCGCAAUGGUUGCUUGCUCCACGCUCGUCAUUGCCCGCCGCCACUCCGAAUAUGCCGUCGCCGGCCUCAUCGGCGUUGUUGUUACCCAGGCUCUUGGCUAUGGCCUGAUCUUCGACCUGAACUUCUUCCUGCGCAACCUGUCUGUCAUGGGUGGUCUUCUGAUGGUUCUGUCCGACUCAUGGGUUCGUAAGACAAAGGCCUUCGCUGGCCUGCCCCAGAUCGAGGAGAAGGACCGCAAGAUGUACUUCCAGUUCGCCGGUCGCGUCCUCCUCAUCUUCCUCUUCGUCGGCUUCGUGUUCAGUGGACAGUGGUCCAUCUGGAGGGUCAUGGUCUCCGUCAUCGGUCUGAUCGCUUGCGUCAUGGUUGUGGUCGGAUUCAAGGCAAAGUGGAGCGCCACGCUGCUUGUUUUCAUCCUGAGUGUCUUCAAUGUUCUGGUGAACAACUUCUGGACUCUUCACGAGCACCACCCCCACAAGGACUUCGCAAAGUAUGACUUCUUCCAGAUCCUCUCGAUCGUUGGCGGUCUCCUGCUCCUGGUCAACAGUGGGCCAGGCCAGUUCAGCAUUGACGAGAAGAAGAAGGUAUACUAGGCCCAUAAAGGCAUUGGGCAGUAACUGCUGGGGCGGAGACGCCAUUUUAGGAGUGGAAAAUCGUGCGGGAUGUUGGGGUCUCAUGGGAUGAACCAGUGUGUAGCGAUCCGCUUCUUCGAGCACGGCAAGUUUAUGGGAAUGCAUCCCCCCCCCAAGAGGCGUUUUAUGGGUUGAGUGGGCAGAAUCAAUACUUCCGUGCAUAGUUGUCAAGAUUCAAUCUACGCUCUGAGGUGUGAGGUUGCCAUUGCCGCGUCGAAGAGAGGGUCCCCGCAUUUUGUCACGCGCCCUCCCUCUCGUCGCGCUGCAUAAACUCAUACUCAUCGCUAGAGGGCCCACUGCACGUAUACGGCAAACCAGAGUUUGCCAGAGCGACAGAGACGAGGAAACUCUAGAGCACGAAUUUAUGUGUGUAUGUAGUGGCGCCUAUGGUAGAAGGUGCCAUCUCGUGAAGGAGCGCCUUCGAGCAACGUGAUUUAGCAUGCUUAAGGCGAUUUAGUUGCAUAGACCACAUUCAGUGCGGCGCAAAUAAAGUAGCUUGUAUUAUCAGCUUGUCCCCCACGCCCUGUUAGCGAAUCAUUUCCUGCAUGGAGCAAUUUACUUGGUUUGCCGACGCACGUGGACUAUAUACUCAGACUUUAUCGUACAUUGGCCUCUCCUGCCAGGCAGCGACCAGAUAUCAGUUUGUAUCGUAUCGACAACCACCAGAGCACAUGAAAGAUGCCAGCUCAGCGAGCUCCAGGGCUGCCUCAUGCGUGUCUACUGUCUCAUGCAAUGUAUGACCACAUCCCAGCGCCACCAAAUCUUAGGUCCUGAGCAAGGCUGAGCGUGGUUUGCGAUCAUCUUGGCCCAGCUAAUGAGCACAUCGCGCGGCCAACUCCAGAUAACCUCCUGGUCUGGCAGCCUCAGAACUAUCUCAGGAGCGCACCGCUUCCUCUGUCUGCAUGCCGACACAGCAGCGUCCUCCAGGGUUCA